CCGCCCCUAGGCCUGACGUCACCCCGCCGCGCUGCCUCUCUGGGAACGGAACACGUUUUGGCGGAGAGAGAAGGAGACUCGGUCACUGUGAGUCCGGGGGGUUCGCUGCCCAUUGGCUGCGGGUUUAUACUGAUUGUGGCCCCUCUCGGUGCCCGUCCGUAGCCGCAUUGGCUCUGUCGCUCUGUGUGUAACAUCGGCGCAUUAGUCCCCCGAGCAGAGGGUGCAUGAUCCAGCGCAGGCUGCUCACUACUAUACGCAGGAUGACAGAGGAGGCCAAGAGGCUCGCGGGAUGCGCCGCUGUGGAUAAUCAUGUGAAGAACAAUCAGGCGCUUGGCAUUGGCAGCGGCUCCACCAUAGUUCAUGCUGUCAAUCGACUCGCGGAACGGGUGAAGCAGGAAAAUCUGAAUAUCGUGUGUGUCCCGACGUCUUUCCAGGCCCGGCAGCUGAUCCUGCAGAACGGAUUAGUUCUGAGCGACUUGGACAGACACCCUGAGCUCGACGUCGCCAUUGAUGGAGCAGAUGAAGUGGAUUCGGAGCUGAACCUUAUAAAAGGAGGAGGUGGCUGUUUGGCUCAGGAGAAAAUAGUGGCUGGUUGUGCCAAGUCCUUCAUUGUCAUCGCUGAUUACAGGAAAGAUUCCAAGAACUUUGGGGAGCAGUGGAAGAAAGGCGUUCCUAUUGAAGUCAUCCCCAUGGCUUAUGUUCCAGUGAUUAAAGCCCUGCAGAGUCGGUUUGGGGGUGUAGCGGAAUUAAGGAUGGCUGUCAGUAAAGCGGGCCCAGUGGUCACAGAUAACGGGAACUUUCUGUUAGACUGGAAGUUUGACAAGGUGCACGAGUGGAAAGCGGUGAAUACAGAAAUAAAGAUGAUACCAGGUGUGGUGGACACUGGUCUAUUCAUUAACAUGGCUGAGCGAGUUUAUUUCGGAAUGGAGGACGGGACGGUUAAAAUCCGUGACAAACCUGUGCAUUAAUGCCUGUGCCCCCUGCUGUGCCCGCUGUAACUGCCUGUGCCAACCCUGCUUCUCACAACGUUAUAUGCACUAGUGUCUGUUUUCCUGGCACUUUCCUUGGGUGGAACGGUACAAGUUUAAUGUUUCUGUGCAUCUGUGUUUCUGUUAUAGAGAGCUGAACCCUCCCUUUAUAAUACAGUUAUGGUUUAGUAAAUAGUGCACACACUGUACCCCCUUAAUAAAUGACAUAUAAUGCCAUUACACCAUUCCCAUAGCUAAUAGCCCCCACUUGCUCAGUGUACUCCCAUUGUGCAACAGCAACGGUUCAAGUUGGACAACGUCUGUCUUGAUUAUACUGAGCCAUAAAUGUAGCCAUUGCCUGUAAUACCACAAAGAAGAGAAUAAUUAUGUUUACGUUGCCAAAUUCUAAAGUUUUCCUUAUAUUUUUGUGCCUGAUAAAGAGUAAGAUAUAUUGUAUGAGAUUUUUGACUAAGUGCUAUUUCUAUCAUUUAAACUAGGCAUCUCAGACAGCGUAUGCUUACAUGGGCAGCACAUGCUUACAUGGGCAGCGUAUGCUUACAUGGGCAUACUAUGCUUACAUGGGCAGCGUAUGCUUACAUGGGCACCGUAUGCUUACAUGGGCACCGUAUGCUUACAUGGGCAGCCUAUGCUUACAUGGGCAGCGUAUGCUUACAUGGGCAGCCUAUGCUUACAUGGGCAGCCUAUGCUUACAUGGGCAGCCUAUGCUUACAUGGGCAGCCUAUGCUUACAUGGGCAGCCUAUGCUUACAUGGGCAGCGUAUGCUUGCAUGGGCAUACUAUGCUUACAUGGGCAGCGUAUGCUUACAUGGGCAGCGUAUGCUUACAUGGGCAGCGUAUGCUUAUAUGGGCAUACUAUGCUUACAUGGGCAGCGUAUGCUUAUAUGGGCAUACUAUGCUUACAUGGGCAGCGUAUGCUUACAUGGGCAGCGUAUGCUUACAUGGGCAUACUAUGCUUACAUGGGCAGCGUAUGCUUACAUGGGCAGCGUAUGCUUACAUGGGCAUACUAUGCUUACAUGGGCAGCGUAUGCUUACAUGGGCAGCCUAUGCUUACAUGGGCAGCCUAUGCUUACAUGGGCAGCCUAUACUUACAUGGGCACCGUAUGCUUACAUGGGCAGCGUAUGCUUACAUGGGCAGCCUAUGCUUACAUGGGCAGCGUAUGCUUACAUGGGCAGCCUAUACUUACAUGGGCAUACUAUGCUUACAUGGGCACCGUAUGCUUACAUGGGCAGCGUAUGCUUACAUGGGCAGCCUAUGCUUACAUUUUAAGCUUUAUAGCUGCUGUAUUGAUUCCCAAGUGCAGCAGUUCUAUGUAAAGUAAUACCAGUGACCCCCAACACCUACAUAAAUAUGGGCUCUAGUGCUGGGCAUCGCCCCGUCGCCAGUUAAUGGGCAGUAGGUUCUGAUGUUUAUGUGCCAAUCCAGUGAAUUGCACUAUGUCACAAGGAGAGGGGAAGUCAAGGUCGCUUGGCAGCUAUACUUGGGAAUUAGAGAAAGCGUAUAAUUGUCUGAGGGUUUUAGUUAGCCUUUAAACUGCACAAAUGUUUUGUUUGUUGUUGUUGAUCACAAGUGCCUUUAUUUACACAGUCCUUUGAGUCUCAUGUUGUUUAAUCCAGUUAAUGUUGAUUGAAUAUUGCCAUUCCUAUUCCGCUUGGAGUUUGGGCCGAGGUUCCUCAGCUCUGUGCCCGCUACUUGGGUAAAGGAACGUCUGUUUCUGUAAUAUCUGUAUGGGAGCAAAUGCCUGUCUGACUCCUACCGACACGGUAAAAGAAUCGGUUUAUUUUCCACUGACCCCGAGGGCUUGGGAACAUUCACACAGCGUUUUGGAGACUUCACCAGAACCAAGCAGAAUUAAACCAUUUACAAGGUCCAUUUCCAAUAACCACUUUAUAUUGACUCGAGGCAGCGUAAAGCCGAAAGCGCUGAGAGCAUUUGGAAUCUGGGGGUGACUGUCACUUUUUGGGUACAAAUGUAAUGAGAGCGUUACUAGCAAUGCAAUGUAAAGAAAAUGUCGAAUCCUACAAUAAAGAUUUCCUAUAAAAAA